AUGAAACUAGUUAGAAGUUUCAUUCAAUCGAAAAGUUUUAGCAUCACAUAUGACAUGGAAUUACGCCACCAAACAGCGAUUCAUGAAGAAGCACUUCAUACCGAAGUAAAGGAAAUUGAAUUUCAUAGAAAAGCUUUCUCAAGGAUACUCUCUUCGCAUGUUUUCGCUUGGUUGAUGAUAGACGAAACCUUUGCCACAUUUAUUCAUAACAAGACUAAGCCGAUAAAAAUAGAUAAACGAAGAAUUUUUGUUUUGCAAACACAUUGCGGACUCAAAUGUUGA